UGUGCUACCCGGGAAUUAGAGCACUCAUCUAUUUCUAUUCCCCUUUCUUCCUCCUACUUGCAAGCUAAGCUCAGCAUCGGCCAGAGGGAAGUAAAAAUUCAAGAAGGACCUCUGUACAGAGCUGAAGGUUACCCUGUCAACAUCAGAUGCAAUGUCAGUGGUCAUCAGGGACCUUCUACACAGGAUUUCGAGUGGUCUAUUUACCUGCCAACAGCCCCCACCAGGGAAAUCCAGAUCAUCAGCACCAAGGAUGUCGGCUUCUCUUAUGCAGUGUAUGCCCAAAGGGUGCGAAGCAAGGAAAUCUACGUGGAGAGACUACAGGGCAGCUCAGUCCUGCUACAUAUCUCCAAGCUCCAGAUGAGGGAUGCUGGUGAAUAUGAGUGCCACACACCCAACACGGAUGGGAAGUACUUGGGAAGUUACAGUGCGAAGACUAAUCUAACUGUGAUUCCUGACACCCUGUCUGCCACCAUGCCCUCCCAGACGCUCAGUAAGAAGGAAGGCGAGCCAUUAGAACUCACCUGCGAGGCAACUAAAGCAACAGCUCAACAUACCCACCUCUCCCUCAGCUGGUACCUGAUGCAGGAAGGAGGGAGUCAAGCCAUGGAGAUCAUUUCUCUCUCCAGGGAUUUUCUAUUGGCCCCUGGGCCCUCCUAUGCAGAUAGGUUCAUGGCCGGUGACGUGCGGCUGGACAAGCUUGGAGCCACUUCCUUCAAGCUGUCCAUAGGCAGGCUCCAACCCUCAGAUCAAGGCCAGUUGUUCUGUGAGGCCACAGAAUGGAUUCAGGAUCCAGAUGAAGUGUGGACUUUGAUCACCAGAAAGCAGACAGAUCAAACAGCUCUGAAGAUCCAGCCAGCAGCAAGAGAUUUUGAAGUGAACAUCACAGCCAGGAGCUCACCUGCUGAAGGAAAACCCUUGGAACUGAUUUGCCUGGUUGUUGGCAGCAGUGGUGACCUGCAGCUUCAGGGUACUUGGUUCCUCAAUGGGAAGGAAAUUGCCCAGAUUGAUUCUGGUGGGGUCCUAGACCUGAAGAGAGACUACAGGAACAGAGCGAGCCAAGGACAGAUGCAGGUUUCAAAGAUAAGCACCCAGGCUUUCUCUCUCAAGAUCUUCUCCGUGGGUCCAGAGGAUGUAGGUGCCUACAGUUGUGAAGUGGCAGAGGUUGUGAGGACUCGGGCGGGCUCCUGGCAGCUACUCCAGAGAAAGCAGUCACCCAUCAGCCAGGUGCAGCUGAGGGAGCCAGCAGCAAGAAGUGUGACCGUGUCUGCUGAGCAGUGGGCAGUGUGGGAAGGAGAGGCACUUACUCUUCUCUGCAAGGCAGGUGGGGAUAUAGGUCCUCUGUCUGUGAGCUGGUGGCUCAUCCCACAGGACCAGACCACACCCGUGUUUGUGGCUAGCAUGGGGCAAGAUGGUACUGUGCAGCUGGGAGUCUCAUCUCUGGGCUCCAGGCACCAUAGUAACAGAAGGUUGGAGAAGGUGGACUGGGCCACUUUUCGGCUGGAGAUCGGCUCUGCCGUGGUCACAGACAGUGGCACCUAUGAAUGCAGAGUGUCGGAGAGGCUCCAGAACCAGGCCAAAGAUUUGCAGUGGACCCAGAAGAUUUCAGUCACUGUAAAAUCUCUGAAAUCAAGUUUACAAGUUAAUCUGAUGAGCCGCCAGCCACAGGUGACAUUAACCCACACCUUCGACCUCUUCUGCGUAGUGAGUGUCAACCCCUCAGCUCUCAAGCUGCCAUUCUCAGUGACAUGGCAAUUCCAGCCAGCUGGCUCUGGAGCCUUUCAUCAGCUAAUUCGAGUCACCCACAAUGGCACAGUGGAAUGGGGGGACAUCCUCUCCCAGUUCCACAGGAAGACAAAGGUUUCACAGUCUUCAUUUCGCUCACAACUCCAAAUCCAUGAUGCUGCUAUGGAGGACACAGGGGUGUAUCAGUGCGAAGUGGAAGGUUAUGACAGAAAUUCCCUCUACACAAAUGGUCCAGCCAGGGUAUCUGCCACCUCUAACCGUUUGAGGAUUACUGUCACCUUCCCAGAGAGCAAACUGAGAGUGAACUCAAGCAGUCAGGUCCAAGAGCUCUCCAUCAGCUCCAGCACGCAUAUAGAGUGUGCCAUCUUGUCCCGAACUGCUGGAAACCUUCCACUAUCCGUCACUUGGUACUUUUCUUCAACUCCUACAAAUGCAUCCUAUCUGAAGAUCCUAGAAAUGGACCAAACCAAUGUUGUAAAAUAUGGGGAUUCAUUUCAAUCCCCUCGGAGCAAGCAAAAAUUUCUUUCUGAGAAAGUCUCCCAAGACUUGUUUCUGCUGAACAUUCUGAGUGUGGAAGACAGUGACCAGGGCCACUACCACUGUGCUGUGGAGGAAUGGCUCUUGUCUACGAAUGGCAUUUGGCAAAAGCUUGAAAGAAAAACUUCAGGACUCACAGAAUUGAAACUCAGGUCCACAGGAAGUCGGGUCCAUGUCUCCAAAGUGAGCUGGUUGGGAAACGCUACUGAGCAUGGAGAGGUGGACAUCAGCUGCAGCCUGCAUGGCUCCGGCAGCCCAGCCUCCCUGUACUCCGUGACAUGGUACUGGAGCAGAGAAAAUGCUGGGCGUCAGAUGCUGGUCCACCUGCACUAUGAUGGCUUGCUGGAGUACGGCCAAGAGGGGCGCAGGACACUCCUGCACUGCUACCGAUCUUCUCCCACAGACUUCAUCCUGAAGCUGCAUCGGGUGCAGCUGGAGGAUGCUGGGAUGUAUUGGUGCAGGGUGGCAGAGUGGCAGCAACAUGGCCACCCCGGCAAGUGGAUCAACCAAGCCUCAGAUGAGUCGCAGCGGAUGAUGCUUACAGUGCUGCCCUCAGAAUCCACGUUCUCUUCCCGGAUCUGCUCCUCCGAACACUUGAUUCACUUCCUCAUCGUCUGCCCCGUCAUCAUGCUGCUGCUGCUGCUCACUUCCCUCCUCUGCUUGUAUUGGAAGGCCAGGAAGUUGUCACAGCUGAGUCUCAGAGCCCAGAAGGAAAAGGCUCUCUGUGUGGACAUGAAGAGGGCCACUGGAGACUGGACCACAGUUAGGAAGGAAGAUGGAGGCUACUGAAUCCCAAGGAAAGUCUACACUGAUAGAGGGAGUGUGAUGGGAUUGUAUUGGACUGACCAGGGUGAAUGGAUUCUGCUUCAGACCUUGGCCAAGUUACCUAGGAACCAGAAGAGACCUGUCGUGGGCAUGUGUUGUUAACCAGAUCCUGUUGUGUUUCUUUGUGUGGCACCUGACUCUUUGAGUCCUGUAGAUGUAGAUAGUGUCAUUGCCCCAGCUUACAUAGACCUCAUCUCCUGGAGGUCCAGCCCUCAUCUGGAAAGCAAGGAACACCAGACAAUGAGCCUUCCUUCCUCUCUCAUUCCUCUCCAAUAACACCUAUUCUCUUGGAAACAACAGCUUGGCCCAGUCAGAAGGGAAAUCAUUUCCUUCUAGAUAAGAGAUGCAGGAGAAAUCUGAUGUCAGCAAAGCAAGAAGAAUUGAGAGAAUCUGAUUCCCCAAUCAGUUUCUUUCUAGGCAGAAACCCAUCCCUCAUCCCUUUACAAAUGCCUGCCAGAAAGUGUAAGAGUAGUUAUCUAAUCAACAUUGGUUCUUUGACAAAAGAAUAACAUGUUGUAGCCUUUUUGACAUUUC